GGAAUACAUAGACUAGCUUUCUAGCCUGAUUUUUAGACGUGGUAUGAUUACCUUCAUUUUCCUCUUCCUUUACCGUACAGACGGUUUUGAUCAUAGAACUUUAUUCAGCUAUAAAGCUGCGGCUUUACUAUCUUGUCAUUAUUAUCACUGCUUAGGUGUAUCUUUGCUUCUUUCCACACAUCCUUACUCAAUCUCUACGCACUGCUUGUCUUUAUUUUUCCUUCCUAUCGUCGUUUAUAAACCGUUCAUUGACAUUUCUUUAGUCGUAGGUGCACUCAUAGUUUUCCUUCAGAAGAUAUCAACGACACCAACACGACAUCAUUAGAAGGAAAAAGACUGGGGCAAACCCAAAGCAAACAAUACAUUUAGAAAACUGGAAAGAAAAAGUUCAGCCAUCUUUA